UCAUGUUUUUCUGAAAACUUCGUGGCGAUUUUCCCCUUGCACCAGCCUGGACUAAUGGAUUACCACCUGCUUGGACUAAUUCUGUCUUUUCUCUUCAAUGGCACAAAGGUCUUAGCCGGUUACCCAAUUUGGUGGUCCCUGGCCCUGGGCCAGCAGUACAGCUCCCUGGGCUCCCAGCCCAUCCUCUGCGGCUCCAUCCCCGGCCUGGUGCCCAAGCAGCUCCGCUUCUGCCGCAACUACAUCGAGAUCAUGCCCAGCGUGGCCGAGGGGGUGAAGCUGGGCAUCCAGGAGUGCCAGCACCAGUUCCGGGGCCGCCGCUGGAACUGCACCACCAUCGACGACAGCCUGGCCAUCUUCGGGCCCGUCCUGGACAAAGCCACGCGCGAAUCCGCCUUCGUGCACGCCAUCGCCUCGGCCGGGGUGGCCUUCGCUGUCACCCGCUCCUGCGCCGAGGGCACCUCCACUAUCUGUGGCUGUGACUCCCACCACAAGGGACCCCCGGGGGACGGCUGGAAGUGGGGGGGCUGCAGCGAGGACGCCGACUUCGGCGUGCUGGUGUCCCGGGAGUUCGCGGACGCGCGGGAGAACCGGCCGGACGCGCGCUCCGCCAUGAACAGGCACAACAACGAGGCCGGCCGGACGACCAUCCUGGACCACAUGCACCUCAAGUGCAAGUGCCACGGGCUCUCGGGGAGCUGCGAGGUCAAGACCUGCUGGUGGGCCCAGCCCGAUUUCCGGGCCAUCGGGGACUACCUGAAGGAUAAAUACGACAGCGCCUCGGAGAUGGUGGUGGAGAAGCACCGCGAGUCCCGGGGCUGGGUAGAAACUCUCAGGGCCAAGUACGCGCUUUUCAAGCCGCCCACGGAGCGGGACCUGGUCUACUACGAGAACUCGCCCAAUUUCUGCGAGCCCAACCCCGAGACGGGCUCCUUUGGGACGAGGGACAGAACGUGCAACGUCACCUCCCACGGCAUCGACGGCUGCGACCUCCUGUGCUGCGGGCGGGGCCACAACACCCGGACUGAGAAGCGCAAGGAGAAGUGUCACUGCAUCUUCCACUGGUGCUGCUACGUGAGCUGCCAGGAGUGCACGCGGGUCUACGACGUCCACACCUGCAAGUAAGCACAGGUGGGUCUCCACUGGUGGAGGUUGCCCCAGAGCACGGCCGAGGGGUCUGUCAGCCCCCUGGCCAGCCCCACACGUGGCCUCACACCGCAGAGGAUGGCACAAAACUCCUGGUGGCCCCGGCAGUACACACCCAGGGCAAGGAGAAGGCUCUGGGCACCUCACCCAGGCGAGGUGUGACUGCUGGUCCCUCGGGCAGGACGGGCUGCCUGGGGAGGGCAGGGAUGGGACAAGGAGGGCAGGGACAGGGAGAGCAGCAAUACGACAAGAUGCCCUGGAGAGCAGGGACAGGACAGGGAGGGCAGGGACAGGACAGGCAGCAGAGACCAGGGACAGCUGGGUCCCAGCGAGGCACAGCCCCGCGAGGCAGAGCUGCUGCCACAGCAGCCCCCGAGCUCCCAGCUCUGUCCUGUCCACAGGUCCAGCCCCUGCAGGCACCAACGCAGGGGCUCAGGUGGAAAUGGAUUGUUCACAGGGAAAGCUCCCCCAGCUGCUGCUGUCCUGGUCUCAGCAGAUGCAGUGAGGAGAGGAAGGAGCCCCCAUCCCAGCCCAGCUCCCUUCUUCCUUCUCUGGGGUGAUGCUGGAGAACUGAACCUGUCAGAGCACACGAACAGAGCCCACGGGUGGUCCCUCCUUCCCCCUCCCCUCUGCCCUCUCUGUUCCCCCUGCCCCACAUCUCCCAUGGAGCGCUUCAGGAAGGCAGAGCCCAGAGCUGACCCUCUAGCACCUGGCCCAGCACAGGAGCAGGGCACAGGGCACUGCUGCCACCUCCUACAGGGGACAGCAUCGUCCCAGCCACCUCCUCACCGUGCAGCUGCCCAGGAGAGGAUUUUAAGGAUCAGGGCAGUACCUAUUGACUAAGCAUUCCCUAACAUGACUUUACAUCCCAGAGGGAGCUCAGGGAUCUCUCUGGGGACAGGUUACCUGCCCGGUGAGCUGCUGCAGCAGCUGUGAACAUGAGAGACUGCAGGGAGAGAGGAAAUCUCUGUCCCAGCCUCCUUGUCAGCCGUUUAUGGUCCCUCAGCACAAUGCCAGGGGAUUUACCGAGCUGUCAGCAAUCAUGCAGGAAACUCCUGUGCCACGAGCAGGGAUCUGGGCCCCCCCACAUCCCACAGCCCAUCCCAUACAGCAGAAGCAGGGUUUGUCCCCCCUGGUCCCCAGGCCAUCCCCUGUCCCUGAGCACAUCCCCUCUCCCUGGGUUCACCUUCUCCAGGAGGACUGGCCCGUGAAAUUAAAAAGCAAACACCCCCUGUGUCCUGGUGGGCUCCAGGACCAAGGGCCACGCUCAAACACAGCUCAGGCAGAGAACUCCAGGGAGUGGUGGCCACUGGGCUGGGGCUGCUCCACUCCCUCCUCUCCUGGGAAGGAGCAGCCCCUGGAGCUGCACAGAGCAAUAACGGGGAGAGAGCCCUGGCAGGGAGCAGGGGGCCCUCAGGCAGAGCAGGACCCCAGGUCCCUCCCACGCAGAGCUCCAGACCCCCUCCAGAGGAGCCUUUGCUCCCAAAAAUUCAAAUCCCAGAGAGCUCCAAAAGCCUCCCCGAGCCGAGCCACGCCGUCCUCUGAUAUGCAUCUAUUUAAAGUAUAUAUUAAAUCCCAUGUCUGGAAAGACUCCCAGUACCCGACUUUAAACAAAAUCCCUUCUUUGUUUGUUUGUUUUUUUAAUCAAGAAAAGGUAUUUAAUAUUAAAUAGAACAUUUAUUGCCUUGUAAUUAUUUUACUGUAGCCAGGUAUUCUAGCACUGAAUGGAAGAUCUUUUUCCAUCAAUCUGCUGUAUCCAAAGUUUUGUAUAAAGUUGUAGAGGUCGAUUUUUUUUUAUUUUAUAUUCAGAAAAUUUCUCUUUUUAUAAGCAUUAUUUAUUAUACAAUGUAUAUACUUGAGUUAACUAAGAUUAUAUAUUAUAUAAAUAUAUAUAUUUGGAGAAAAAUAUAUUUCAACUUCCAUUUUUUGUGGUAUAUCAUUAAAGAAAAGGUAAAAAUUCAAAAAGAUGCACUUGCCAGCUUGUGUGGUUUGGCUCUGAGGGUCCUGCUGAACAGCUACAGAGCAGUGGGUCAUGACCCAGCUGCUCAUGGACAGGGACAGCCACGGAAUCAUGGAAUCCCAGAGUGGUUUGGCUUGGGAGGGACCUUAAGGGUCACACAGUUCCAACUCCCUGGCAUGGGCAGGGGUAUCUGUUAAAAGAAUCAAUACAAUGAUGGCAAAAAGAAGAGAUUUUACAGCUGAAUGCUGAGAUGUUGAUUCAGGGAGUGCCAGGGCACAGUGUGCACCACUGAGAUUCUCCACAGAGUCAUGGAACCCUUGGGGCUGGAAAAGCCCUUCAGGAUCAUGGAAUCCAACCAUUCCCAGCACUGACCCCUGUCCCCAAGUGCCACACCCACGCAAUCCCUCCAGGGAUGGGGACUCCAGCCCUGCCCAGGGCAGCUGUGCCAGGGCUGGACAACUUUCCAUGAAUAAAUCUCCCCGAUAUCCCAUCUAAACCUCCCCUGGCACAGCCUGAGUCACUCCCUCUCCUCCUGUCCCUGUUUGCUGGGAGCAGAGCCCGACCCUCCCUCGCUGUCCCUCCUGGCAGGGAUUUGUGCAGAGCCAGAAGAUCAAAUCAGGCAAUGAAUCCAGCCAGGCUCCAGAGUUUGCACUCUCCCCACAUGUCACAGGCUGUCAUUGAAUCACCUUCCAACACUUUGGACAGACCAAGGUCCACAUUUUCUCACCUAAAAACCUAUUCUCCUGCCCAUGAAUAAUUCUGUGGGUGUUUCUGCAGCAUCCCCCUUGCAUCAGCAAUGCUUUUAAGUGCACACAAUUUUGCACUGCAUUGGCCUCAAAUGUACCUGUCUGAAGUGCAAAAUAAAUACAGAAUCACCCAUAUUCUUGCCCUGAUCCCCAAAUUACUCACAAAGCCAUCCCAUGGAUCCACCUGCAUGGCCAGGGUCUCUCUGCUGGUGCCACCACCCCUGACAUGUCCUACCUCACCAGAGCACCUGGCCCCUGGAGGGUUCUGGACUUCACAGCUCUGGGGGUGAAGCUCUCCCUGUCUGCCCACCUGCCCCAAACCUCCCUCCACCCCACACUGUGCCCCAAAACCCAUCCCAGCACCUUCAAAUCUGCCUCCGGUCAACAACUCCAUUUCACGGCCACAUUUCUGGAAAGUUCAAGAUUAAACAGGGUAAGGAAGGGGGUGAAGAAUCUGGCCCUUACGUUGAAAGCAAUAUUGUAUAUUUAUUAUACAUUUAAAGCCUCUCUGCCAGGAGGAGCCAUGGAGAACACACAGGUGCUGGGAAGGUGCUGCCCUUCCCUUGUGCCACCUGCAGGGAACAUCUCAGAUGGAGAUCUUGGAACAGAGGUUGGAGUGGGUCAGCUGUCACACCCAGCAGCCCAGCCUGGUUUUCCAGCCCUCCCCAGGGGUGGGAUACUUUCCAUGAAUAACAGAAAUUAAUAAGUUCCAUGGAUACCCCCACCCCACCCAGACACACACAGGGCCUCCUCAGCCCUGCAG